GUAUAUUAGUUUCCGCAACAUUAUUUUUGUAAUCAAUAGAAAUAGGGUUUUAUUUAUGACUUUUAUGACAGUAUUUCUGGCACCUAGAACUGUUAUUGUAUCACCAAAUUUAGCAUGGUUUCAAAAAGGUGGGAAUUAUAAGUGCGAAAAUUGAUAGCUUGAUUUUUCUUUUCUGAAAACACUGUUCAACUUCAAUAUUUCAAGAGGAGGAGCUACUCAUGACAGAAUUAGGUUUUUGGGUGUACUUUUUUCUAGUGCUUAUUCUUUUACUGAUUUAACAUGAUCCUGAGAUAUUUUGUAUGACUGGUAUAACUCGUCCUUAUUCUCCUAUUCUACUUGUUAUGUGCGGCAUUUCUUGGUGGUGUACUGCACAAGUAGUGUUGCAGGUAAAGUAAAGCCAGCAGGUGGCAAUAGUGGGCAAUUGAUUUUUCUAGUAUGCCGCACUUCUGUAGUGCAUGAAAAGUUAACCUAAAAAUAUGCUUGACGACCCUCCUUUAACAUAAAUAGUUUUGGUACAGAAAAAAAAAAUAAAAAUAGAAGGAACGUAUAUAUUUUAAUUCAUUUUUAUUUUUCUUUCAACAGCUUACCUCUUCAACAAGCACACGCAGAUUUGUCGUAUACAUUACACUCUGUUGAUAAAUAGCAUAGCAUAAUCUGGCGCACACAUAACUACACAUAUGUUGCAAAAUCGUUUGAAUUGCAUUAAGAAAGCGUUCACUAACAGCAUAUAUGCUUCCCUUUCUAUGUCUAUUUUAAAAUUAAAAUCAUCGCACGUCCCUUAGUCCUGUCAAACAUUAAGCGCAUCCUGCCAGGCUGGUAAAUGUAGUUUUUCUAACCCAUAGAACCUUCAGUGAACUAUUAUAGACCACGUGUACAAAUAAACUACAACUACCAAGAGCGCAACGCUUGCAAACAAGGUGGGGCUUGUUUAACAGCACCAAUAUUACUCAGAGCAAGACCAGUCAAUUGAGCGUUAGCAGGUGGAGAGCUUAGUAGUGGUUUUAUGCGACUGACGUGCAUUAUAUAAGUUAUGCUUGGUUUAUUAUUAAACAACAACGACAACAAAAAAGGAUAAAUACUUUCUUUAUGAGAAAUGAUAAAAUAAAAACAGUUUAACCCAUUAGGGCGUGGUCUUAAAGUUUACCAGGGAGUUUAAAUUCAGUCCCUAUUUUUAGUUCUGCUUAGUGGCAUGGUUAAUGUAGUUUGUAGUUGAUGAAGGCAAUCGAAACAAGGUAGUUUUCAGCGUGAAUUUUUUCAUUCAACACGUUUAUUUCUUCCCGUUUUAAUUGUGGGAUUCAACAUGGCUUUUGCAAAAUUCAGCAAAAUCUUACGACUUUCCACUUUUGAGAAAAAGAAAACAAAACAGUAUGCUCAUGUACAGAGAGAUUUGAACCCCAAUGAUAUAUGGGAAAUUAUCGGAGAAUUGGGGGACGGAGCUUUUGGCAAAGUUUACAAGGCUAAAAACAAAGAGACUGGUGUGCUGGCUGCUGCAAAAGUGAUAGAGACGAAGAGUGAAGAAGAACUGGAAGACUACAUGGUGGAAAUAGACAUCCUGGCAUCCUGUGACCACCAGUAUAUCGUCAAACUUCUGGAUGCCUUUUACUUUGAAAACCAGCUGUGGAUCAUGAUUGAGUUCUGCCCUGGAGGAGCAGUGGAUGCCACAAUGCUGGAGCUCGACAGAGGGCUGACUGAACCCCAGAUUAAGGUUGUUUGUCGUCAGAUGUUAGAAGCUUUGGUCUACCUCCACAGCAUGAAAAUCAUUCACCGCGACUUAAAGGCAGGAAACAUACUUCUGACACAGGAUGGAAACAUUAAACUUGCGGAUUUCGGGGUGUCCGCAAAGAACACCAAGACACUGCAGAGAAGAGACUCUUUCAUUGGAACCCCGUACUGGAUGGCUCCGGAGGUAGUGAUGUGCGAGACCAUGAAGGACACCCCAUAUGAUUACAAGGCUGAUAUCUGGUCUCUGGGAAUCACGCUGAUAGAGAUGGCACAGAUUGAGCCCCCACAUCACGAGCUGAACCCAAUGAGAGUCCUGCUGAAGAUUGCUAAAUCAGAUCCACCCUCUCUUGACAUACCCUCAAAGUGGACACCAGAGUUUAAGGAUUUCCUUAAGAAGUCAUUGGAUAAGAACCCUGAGUCCCGGCCAAGUGCAGAGCAGCUACUGGAGCACCCCUUUGUCUGCAAAGUAGACUCAAACAAGCCUGUGAGGGAGCUGGUUGCCGAGGCAAAGGCUGAAGUGAUGGAGGAACUUGAGGACAACAGGGAGGAAGGAGAAGACGAUGACGUAACAGAAGUGACAGCUCCACUAGGUACAGAUGCUAAAGAUCCUUCUGAAUCAAGCCAGAACAGUUUUGAAGGUGAGCAACCUACAGAGCCCAUGCAGACUAAAGAAGUCGACUGUAUCAAGACCCCCAACCCACCUCUACCCAAGGACCAGUCGGACAAACUUAGCGACAAGCUUUCCGAUGAAGGAAUUGGUAGCAGUGACACGGACAAAACUGAGAGCGAGAAAUCUCUAAAGAUAAGCAGCUCUGAUUCUGGAACUGAAAAUGGCAAAAGUACCCCGACUCUGGGGGAGGAAGAGAAAUCCAGACCAGGGACAGAGGCCGAGCCCCCAGUGCCUGCAGUACCAUCAAAGACUACGCAGGAACCCCUGCCUGAGAUCGACUACAACACAGUGAGCCCGUCGGCACCUGCAAUACCGGAGAUACAGCUCAUACCUGUGAUCAGACCCGAUGCAGAAAUGAACGAAAGUGCGGAAAAAGAUCAACCACUCCAGAAAUCGCUGGAGACAGAACCCAUCGACUCUUCAACACCAGUGGCCAAUGGCAGGUCGAAACGAUAUUCUGACUAUGGCAGUGUGUCUGCUUCUGACAGCAUGGAUCUGAUCCUUAACCUGUCCGGAGAUCUUUCUCUGAACAAGGAGACUGGCUCAAUAUCGAUGCGGGACUCAAAGUUUUGCAGCAAGACCCUGAAACGGACCAGGAAGUUUGUUGUGGAUGGGGUGGAGGUCAGCGUGACCACCUCCAAGAUCAUUGGAGACGAUGAAAAGAAAGAUGAGGAGAUGAGAUUCCUGAGGCGGCAGGAGUUACGGGAUCUGCGUCUGUUACAGAAGGAGGAGCACCGGGCCCAGACCCAGCUCAACACCAAGCUGCUACACCAGAGGGAGCAGAUGUUCCGCCGCUUCGACCAGGAAAUGAAUGCAAAGAAGAAGUUAUAUGACACAGAGCUUGAGAAUCUGGAAAGGCAGCAGAAGCAGAUGGUUGAGAAGAUGGAGCAGGAUCACGUGACCCGCCUACGUGAUGAGAUGAAGAAGAUCCGGGCAGAACAAGAACGCGAGUCUAGCAAGUUUCAGGAGAAGCUCAAGCAGAACAAGAAAGAGGUUAAAAGUGAAGUUGAGAAACUGCCCAGACAGCACCGAAAGGAAACCAUGAAACAGAAGAUGAAUGACUUUGCACAAUCAAAGCAGACACAGGAACAGGAGUUCUUGGCUGCCCAGAAGGACUAUUUGGAUAGCACCCUGAAGAGGAUUAUUGCCGAAAAUAAACGAGAGAUCUCCGAAUUGGAGCGCGAGUGUCUCAACAAAAAGCAUCAGAUGAUGAGAGAGCGGGAAGCAACAAUCUGGGAGCGAGAAGAACACAACUUGCAGGAGAAGCACCAGCUGAUGAAACAGCAACUGAAAGACCAGUACUUCCUGCAGAGACACCAGCUUCUCAAGAAGCAUGACAAGGAGCAGGAACAGAUGCAGCACUAUAACCAGAGGAUGAUUGAGCAGCUGAAGGUCCGACAGCAGCAGGAGAAAGGACGGCUGCCGAAGAUCCAGAGGAGUGAAGGGAAGACCAGAAUGAUGAUGUAUAAGAAGAGUCUGAGGAUUACCACGACAGGGAGUCCGGCAGAGGACAGAGAGAAGAUCAAACAGUUUGCACAGCAGGAGGAGAAGAGGCAGAAGGCAGAAAGGCUACACCAGCAGCAGAAGCAUGAGAAUGCGAUGAGAGACAUGAUGGGUCAGUGUGACAGCAACCUCUGGGAGCUCCAGCAACUACAGAAUGAGAAGUGCCAUCUUCUUAUUGAACAUGAGACCCAGAAACUGAAAGCACUGGAUGAGGAACACAACCAACAGCUAAAGGACUGGCGAGACCAGCUCAGACCCAGGAAAAAGGCACUGGAAGAUGAGCUGAACCAGAAAAAGAAAGAACAGGAGGAAUUCUUUAAGAUGAGUGAAGAUUCUGAAUACAAGAGCCCAAGCUCUCCUAACAAAGUUGCCAAAUUCUUCCCCUUUAAUAACUCCACUGAUGUCUCCACUACCUAGCUAGACUACAGCCAGUUGUCUUACUGUGAACUCAGGUCCAAUGUGAAGGUGUGUAGCAAGCAGUGGUACAAGAUACAGAAUCAGAACACACACACACACAAACCAGUCAACCGUUUGAAAGCUACGAGGUACCGUCGUCUUUUUUUUUUUUUGUUAACAUUAUAUUGGCUGGCUCCAAAUUAUAGAAAUUAGAAUAUAUAUUAUUUGUAUAACAUUAAUACAUUGUAGAUUUUAAAUUGUGAAAAGGGGUCUUUUCAGGUAUUCUCAGCUCAAAUGUUUUUUGCGUUAUGUGUAUUUUAUUUUUUAAGUUUGAGUGUUCAUACUAAUUCUGAAAUGUUCCAGUUAUUUUGCAUGCAAUUUGAACACCAUUUACUUGGACAGUAUGUUCAACACAUUUAUGGAGAGUUUUUAUUUAGUCACUAAAUCUGUAUUUUGUUGUUAAAGUAGCUCAGAAUGGACUGCCUGUUGAAAUAAAUAAUGAAGGUAGUAAUACUGUAAUGAUAUUUCAAUACACUGGAUGUGAAGCGAGGCACUAAAUAAAAUAGCCUGUCUAAAUUUACAAGAGCCAAUAUAGAAUACCAUACCAGUGCUAUAUGUUAUUGGGGGGGAGAGUAGUUUAAAUAUUAUGAAAACAAUGUUGAUGUAUUUUGUAUAAGAAAAAUAAAUUCGCAUAUACAGUUGAUAAUCAGAUUUCUAAAUAUAUAUGUUCCAGUUUCUACUUGAACAGUUUAAUGCACUGUAAACUUCCAGAAGAUAUGUUUAUUUCUUUUGAUUGUGUCACUUUGCCAAGAAAGCAACCUUUUAUUGAAAAAAAAAUGUAUAAUUGAGUUUUUUUGUUUUUUUUUUUUUUUUUUUUUUUUUUUUUUUUUUUGUGGUGUAGGCUUUUUUUUUUUUUUUCUCCUAGUGGGCUAAAAAUGUCCCUUCAAGAGUUCUCUCUGCAAAUUGGUGUCCAAACAGUGGCACUAAAAUUAAAAUAAAAAAAGAAUUGAAAGCUUUAAGCUUGGCUGUGGACAAAAGGUUUUCCCUGCAUUGCCAGAAUUAAGCAUGAAGUUCUUCCAGCAGUUGCUGUUGGAAACUGAGGGUGCCAUGUAUUCACCAUGCAGGACUUUGUUUAGCGCACUGUAUUUUUUAAAUCGGGUGUGUCCCUUUUGUUCUUUUCUUCUUUCAACACCACAGACUGUAAAAUAAUUUACCUCACAAAGCUAUAUUUUUAAGUAAAUGCACUUCUAUAACUUAAGGAAUUCAAAAUAGUUUAGUAACUCCUUCUUAAAAUCGUUCCGUUCUUUUAAAUGGGCAAAGUUGGGUUUGACAGCAGUGCAGAUCUACAGAACGCACAAUUAAAAUACUGUGUUCAGUUAACAAUUGCCUCUUCAUUUUAGAAACCACUAUGUUGUAAAUAAGAGUCUUAUAAAAAUGGCUCCUGAAUGUCUCUGGUACAAAGAAGAAAAUAAAAAUAACCUGUUCACCUUUUUUUUUUUUGUAUUAUAAAUGUUU